UGGAAUCCAUCCUCUGUCUUAUUAUACGUAACUUUUAUAUGUAUAGCAACCCAUUAGUUUGCAGCCACGAUGUUAACUCUUCCCUUUCCUCUGAAUUGGGUAUGAUGGCUCAUCCGGAAUCGUUAAUGGCUUUACAUAAAAGUUUAUUUUGUUUAAGCUAUAUACAGAAGCCACGGAUUGCUAUAGACGUAGCCCUGGAGCACCUGGAACAGAGCAACGAUACGGACCUAAUACUAUCUCAUUUAAUAGGGUUGCUAUGCCACCCUACGGAAUAUGUACGUAUUGAAAAUAAUGAUUUGCAACAUAUACUCUCAAGGCUACUAAAGUCACAGAGACUUACCGGAUUUAAUCGCAUGAUUGUGAAUUACCACAUCAAUAGGAUGCUCCCAAAUAGAACCAAAUUGUCUAAUACACCAUGUGGAGAGCAGAAUUAUAAACCUCAUGCUCCUAAGGGUAUAACUCCAACUACUACCAAAAGGCACCUCAACUUGAGCCAUAAUCGCAUAUCGUUUCGUUGCAAAGUACGGAAGCAGCAUCUGGAUGCCGAAUCUGUAAAUUAUUUUAAUCCAACGAAACGGUGCUCUAACUGUAAAAGAAAGUGUCAUAAACCAGAAGUUCCCUUGAAUUCGUUACAAAGAAACUUGAUGGAUGUUUACGGUAACAAGCACAUGAUGAAUUAUAGCGUCCAGUUAAAUGGCAACUGCGAUUAUAUGAAUUAUAUGCAGCAUUCCAAUGACCAUAACAGUGUUAUGAUUCCAUCCAAUGAUUCGGAACUGUGUGACUCUAUGGGUAGUCUGUUAGAUGCAACACAAAACUGUAUAAAUGGCGUGGACCUAUUUCGGGAAAGGAAUCUCACCACACCGUAUCUCAUAGAUGAUGCAAAACAUAGCUUGAUUGGGUGGAAGCGCCACUUUAUGCUGUUGAAACGCAGAAUAUUCCAAGUAUGCAAUAUACUCUUCAUCAAUAUCAACGUGCCUUUUAUUGCCGUAAGUCUUUUUUCACAUGUUUUUCAUAAUAUAUCUACUAAUACCCCUCUUGCAAUCAGAAGUCGGUUGCGUUACAUUUUCAACCAUAGAGAUGCUAACGACAAAAACGUGCAAUCAUCAGCAUCAGAGUCAAUCAGUGAAGAUGACCAAACUAUGCUAUUUAUGUUAGCUGCAAACUGUUUGGAAAUUGCACUGAGUCACCACAACGGCUUCGCACGUUUUGAUCUAUUCUCGAUAUUUUACUUUAUGGUUUUCGUUGAAUCCAUAUUGACUGCUAACAUUAGGGAUGCUGGUGAUAGUAAGUAUCAAACAUUAAUCCAUCAAUCAGAUCAUCCUUUGAAACAGCAGAAGCGUUGUAAUUUGCAUAAUUACUCACUGAAGCGGAACCUAAAGUACCACCAUGAUAUAUUCAAAAGAGAGUUGUUUAAUUUGGCUAAAGAAAUAAAAAAGAAUCGUGUUCUUUCGGUUGUUAACUUUAACAUUUCGAAUUGCUUAGAGGAGUUCAUGCUAAUGUCCCAUGGUAUUUACGGCAUGAACCUCAAUCUUAAGAUGGGCCAAAGCAUCAUUGGAUUUACAAAUUGUGCCCGUUAUGGUUCAGUCUCUAGAGAAUAUGCAAACGGCCAGCAUCGUAAUAGUCAUACUUCCAGAUGCUUCCAGAGCACAUAUAUAGAUGAUUCAAGGUUGUAUAAUGGUAAAAACAAGACGCAAUCUAAAAUUAUAAAACAACGGAAUUACCACAGAAUGGAAGGUGUCCUUUUAAAAAAUGAAAAAAUCAACAUUAAGGAUACACCUGUAAGUAGCUACGGAGUACCACCGAUAACUUAUCCACCUUCUAAACAAGCCAAUGCAUUAGUUACUGAGUCAUCUGAGGUGUCAAUACUUUUGCUCCAGCUAUUACAAUGCUCGGAUUAUUUCGAAAUAAUAUGUGGUAAUGGGAUAUUCGCUACACCUGGAUGCAACAUUAAAUCGAACUCACUCAUCGCAGCAUUGGUUUUACGCUUUGUACUGGAUAUAUACGUGGCAGUUACAGAUGAAGUAAUUCACCAAAUGUUAUCCACAAGAUCGCGAAAGUAUCGUAAAAACACAGCUGAUCCAUUAGGUUUGGAAUUUUUGUCAACAUUCAAAGUCUACAUGGGUGAAGACUAUCGCAUUAUUUCGGAUAAUAAUUGCAUACUGUAUUUUGUGUUAUUGGAAAUCGAUUGGAUUUUCCACAAGGAAGGUAUAUACACUACAUCUGAGUAUAUCAACCACCAGCAACUGUUGGAUAGGACGCUUGAGUUGGAUAGCGGAUUUGGCAAAAGCUCACCCAGUGACAUUUUCGAGUCACACUACCGUCUGUAUGAGCAGAUGGUCGGACUAUUGAUCGGUACAUCUCCAUUAAACCCACGCACAUCUCUCUGCGUAGAUGCCUACAGGAAUCGUAAUUUGAGCUGGAACACAUUUGAUGAAGUAGAUGUUCGUUGCGUGAAAGAAGAACACGAAAUAUACAUUGGUCGGGAGAUUUUAGACAUAUAUUAUUCAGAUUUGACCCCUAAACAACCUUGUUUCAACCCUUAUAAGUCGAUUUUUACACCCAAGUACUUUGCCAUUACGAAGGACAUUAUAUACAGGGUUAAAGCCGUUCUGUUGCUUUCGUAUAUGAGUCACCGACGAAGUCAAGAGCAUUAACAAUAUUUUAUACAACAUUUUUUAUAAUUAUUUUA